AUGGAAGCGGUAAGCAUUACAACAACAAAUACAGCAACUCCUCUAUAUUUAGGGGAUUUGGAAAAAUGCGGAAUUGCGACGUCUAAUAAUUUGAGAGAAAUUUUGACAACGUGUGCUGAUCCUGUUGAGGCUAUUAAACAAUUUCAAGUGGCUAAUAGUGUUCAGCUUCCUUCUCUAAAACCAGUAAUGAAGCUGUUGGAUUUACAUGGAAUAAGUAGGGCUGACUAUCAUGAGACGGUUAUUACCGAACUCACCGAACGUUUAGUAUCAAAAUUGCGUUCACUCGGCAACAAUCAAACACCUGAAAAUGUACAUAGACUAGAACGACAUUUGGAGCGCUGUUUUCGUCUUUAUCGUGUUCCGAGGAUUAGGCCUAUAGUUUUGGAAACACUUGGAAGGUUACCUAAAGUUGCGGACAGGUUUUUUCUAAAUUAUUUUUUUAUUCAAAAUUUAAUUUUAAAUAAUAGAUAUUUGAAGCUCAUAAUUUGUGAUAAGGAACUCUAUGAUCAAUGUUCAGUCUCUGUCCGUCAACAAAUUUGGGUUAAAAACGAAACUCUUUUUCUAGAAUCAAUCGAACCCAUUUUGGAUAGUUACAUUUCUGAGGAAAGAAGACAACAUUUAAUAUUUGGAGAAAAAGGUUCCGAUGUCUUAAAUGAAUCGCUAAGUGAAGGACACGGCCAACAAUUGCUUUCCCCGGGCAUAAACGUUACUAGUAGCUUUUUUGCUGGGGAAGUAGCUACUAAACAGAGACGUCAGAGAAAACAAGUACAAGAAUUAAUCUCAAUGAUUGGGUUAAGAGAGCAACUCUAUACUAGACUAGUGGAUACUCUUCGUGAACGUUUUUUGGCAACAGAAAAUCCUUAUUAUUGUUCUUUGCGGUUUGAUUUAUUAAUGGCUCUUAGAGAUGUAAAUAUGGAAUUUUGUGGGAAAGUAGAUGUUUGUCAUGAUUUUGCUUGGUGUUUAGAUGCUUGUUCUAAACAUUUGAGAACUAAACAUUUGGAUGUUCAACAAUUAAAUAAACUAAAGACGUUAUUAGAAAGUGGUGGUGGGGGAAAGAAAUGUCAAAACAAGGCAAUAAUAAUUCCUGAAAUGGCAAUGAUUGCUGGAGACCCCCAUAUUCUUCAUUUAAUUGCUUCUUUCGCUGUCAAAAUGUUGAGAGAUAAUGCUGCUAGUCCUCGUCCACAUUUGCCUAAAGAAAUGGGUUCUUUACAAUUACUUUUAAAAUUGUUAGUAAUGGGCAUCCACUGCAAAUCUUUAUUGUUGGGAGAGGAACAGUUAAUUAAUUUGAUUGAGGGAGAGUUGAAAGAAGUUGUUGGACACUUUUUACCUUCUUUUUCUACAAUGCUUGUACAGGAUGCAAUCCGUGCAGAAUUAACACUUUCAACUCCAAUAAAUCUUCCUUCUCCAACAGAAGAAUUUUUAUCUUUUGACCAAAGACCUCCUUCAAUUGAUAAAUUUAUAAAAGAAAAAUAUUUAUGUUCACUUUUGUGGGUACACCAUUUAGUUUUGGGUGGUGAAUUUUGCCCUAUAAGUGGAACAAUUAAAAGAAGACAACUAUUUGACCCUUCAAAUGCUUUUAGAUAUUGUGAACCUUUAAUAUGGAUGGCUAAAAAUUUAGCAAUCAAAGAUCCCUGGGUACAAUUACUAGUCCAAAAAUUGAUGCAAUUCCCAGCAUGUCUUUCAAAUGAAUUAACAGCAAAUUUAUUUAUUCAACAAUUUUUUAUUCCAAAUUUAAAGCGUAUUCCCAGUGCCAAAUUUAAUUUAUUACGUUUAACUUGCCAUCAUCGUUCAACUAUUCCACUAAAAAUUUUCGUAAAUUCUUUGGAGGAAUUGUUAAAUAUAUUUAAUAAAUGCCAGGAAUAUUUGAAAGAAUUGGAAGAGGAAAAAGAGUUGGAAGAGGGGGAAGUUGGGAAUGAAGAGGAGGAGGAAGAGGAAGGAAUUAAUGAUAAAAUAUUGUGUCAAGCUUUUAUUAAAGAAUUUGGGAAAUUGAAAGAAUUGAUGGAAGAGGCAAAUAUAUCGCGUGGAGGAGGCCCUCCUCCACUUUCACAACAAUUAUCAACAUCCUCAUCAACACCAUCAAAUACUAGUUGUAGUAGUAAAGAGAGUUGUACAAGUAAUUUGAUAUUUUUUUUUAAUUUGACAAAUUUAAUUAUGCAAGCGAUUAAUACUCGAGAACAAUUUGAGGAUUUUAUUAAUUCUGAGGGAAAAUUUACAAAAAUUGUUUUGUUCUCGGCAAGUUGGUCAGAAGCUUGUAAUGAUUAUGACAAAUUAAUUUUGGAAUUAAAAAAUGAGAAGGAAUAUGGAACAGAUUAUGAAAUUGGGAAAUUGGUAGCUGAGGAAAAUGAAGAAAUUGCUAAAGAAUAUCAAGUGAAUUCUAUCCCGACAAUUUUGGCUUUUCAGAAAGGAAAAUUAAUUGACCGUAUAGAAGGCUUCAUUCCAACAAAACUCAAAGAAUUAUUAAUUAAAUCCACUUUUGAUGCAAUUGCAGCAAAGAAGGAAAAUAUUGAUAAAUUAAGAGAGACGGCAGAGAAAACAGAGGGUGAAGAAAAAAGUGAGGAAAAACAACAAGAAGAGUUAAAUGAACGACUUAAACGUUUAAUAAAUAAAGAACGUUUGACUCUUUUUAUGAAGGGAUCACCAACUGAACCAAAAUGCGGCUUCAGUCAACAAAUUGUCAAACUUUUAAAAGCCCACAACGUCCAAUUUUGGACCUUUGAUAUUCUUCUAGACGAACAAGUCCGUCAAGGAUUGAAAAUUUAUAGUGAUUGGCCUACUUACCCACAACUUUAUCUGGAUGGUGAACUUUUGGGAGGUAUUGAUGUGGUAAGAGAAGAAAUGAAAGAUCCUGCUUUUGUUGAAAAAUUGCCCAAACUUGUUUGA